GAUCAUGUUUGUCUUUUAUAUUUGUUCAACAAUGAAAACAUAGUUCUGCAAGAAAGGAUUCUCUUUUUGUACAUUGUUUAAUAUUAAACAUGAUUGAGGGUGUAGCAUAAAGAGUUUUGGCAACGUUUUUCUAUUGGCCAUUUGGAUUUCGGUUAACAAAGAUAUCAUCAAACAGACGUACUGCGAGUUCAAUGUUAACUUAUAAUGAUUCCGAUCGAUAUUAUAACAAUAUGUUAAUAAUGUAAGCUGUUCACACAUCCACAAUACGAUCGGAGUAUAAAUGAAGUUAUAAGUCUCAAAGAAAGCCGUCCAGCCGUUCACCAGAGACGCGACAUUAGCAUCAUAUAGCCGUCAGCGUGCGAGUUGCUUUUAAAUUAAUUCUGACAUGAUAAUAACACGCAUUGAUUCACAAUUUGAUCCCUUUAAUACUUCAUACCGGUCGUGUUCGGGGCGGGGCCCGGGGGAGCUCUGAGACCCACUGGCUGUGCCGGUAGAACAGCUACCACCCCACGAGCAUCGAAACGCAUCACAUACGGUCCGCAUUAUGAAGCAUUCAUAUCUAAUUAAUGGACACUCGAGUAGAUGGAUUCGAUGCUUUUGGUACUUUCUCCGUCCAUCAUAAAGAUAACAUACGCGUUAUCAGAAUAAUAAAUACAGUUCCACGGACUUUAGUUCGUCUUCUAAGUGAUUAAAGCAUAACUAUCAAAAUAAAUAUUUAUGUACUCACUAUCAUUAUAUUAAAUUAUAAAGAAUAGUUUGUUAUAUUACUUUGUAAAAACAAUGAAAAAAUUAAAAAAAAAAUAGUGAAGUAAUUUUUCUCUAAAAUGACUUAAAGAUCGUUGCACUCGCAGCAUCCAUUUGAUUAUAAUAACAAUAGGGAAAAAUUAAAAAGCAUCUAAAACAGUAACCAAAUUGAAUUUAAUGAGACAGAUAUAAGGGAUGUUAGCUCCCCAUACAAUAUUAUUCAUAGCUACUAAAACGACCCAUUCAUAAAAAUACUAUUUUUUUUUCAACUACCAUUGGGGCCGACGGGCCGCCGACAAAAGGGUGGGCCGGGCCAAAUAAUUGCCAAAACGCGUCGAGUGAGUGCCAUUGUGUUUGUUUACAAUGGGGUGCUUAGUGGGGGUAGUUUUUGUAAUUGUUAGUGGAGGAGAUCUCGUCGACAGUCAUCAGUCGUGAGGCGAGCCCCGGCCGGGAACGAGCACCAUGUCGAGAUCAUUCCUAGUGGACGCCUUGAUCAGUGACACCAAAGACAACAACACAGAAAUGAAGAGCGACCAUCUCACCUACAACCUGGGCAACUUGGACACGAGACCGAAGUUCCUCCCGUACCCUUACCCAGGCAGUAUCAACCUGCUGUCUCUCGGCCUCCAGCAGCAGCGAGCGCCAGACCUGUUCCGACCGUUCCUGGAACAAUUGAACUUCCGCUACCCGAUGUUACAUCAGCUGCCAAGACAGGCGGACUUCUUUGGACCCGCUCACGAGUCUCGCCCCUUCGAAGGUUUCAAAACCGAAGAUCAGGAGACGGUUGGUUUAGUGAAUAGAGCUAAGAAAUCUGUGUCACCGUACUUGCACCAUCCUUACAAAUCGACCGCGACUUCACCAUCCAAGAGCCAGGGUCAGAGGUCACCGUCUUUAUCUAGCGACAGUCGGAACGGCUCCCCGAGCCCGCCCCUCGGACAUCCCGAAGAACUCCUACCCGGAUACUCUAAAGAACUAAAACGGCUUCCCUUAAAAGAAGAUUCGAGCAAACGCAUUAGAACAGCUUUCACGGGGACACAACUCCUCGAGCUGGAGAGAGAGUUCUCCAUGAACAUGUACCUAUCGAGACUGAGGAGGAUAGAGAUCGCCUCCAGGCUGAAGCUGUCAGAGAAACAAGUGAAGAUAUGGUUCCAGAACCGACGCGUCAAGCUCAAGAAAGAAGAGACCCCGCUCGCUAACGAGGGGAGAGGAAAGAGAUGCUGCUGCAGCAAGGGAACCUGCUCCAAGAGCUCCACCUCCUGCGACGACGAGCAGGGACAGAUAGACGUGGUCACCGACUACGACACGUGUGAAGCACAGAACCUGUCCAGGUACUCCUGACGAGGACACCGCUUCAACAUGGAGACGGACUACGCCCGUCCUGUUAGUGUAACAUAGUAUAUGUAAAUAAUAAUUUAUGCGAUACAAAUAUAUUUUCUUACAAAUCUACCGCUCGUUGUACAAAUAAACUUUUAUGAUUGGA